CAGGCAAAAUUAGAUAAAGGUGCUGAGGUGUACAAAGAAGAAAUUAACCAUCUCAAAGCACAGUUGGUAAAACAUGAUCUGGAAAAAAUGAAACAAUCCAACUCCUUUGAAGUGAAACUUGCUAAUUGUAAAUCAGAACACCGAGAACAACAGUUAACAAAGCUAAAAGAAGAACUGAGAAGAGCACACCAGGAACAAGAUGUUACAGUGCUGACAGAAGCAGAUCCUCAGCAAUCCCAAAUGCCCCUUACUUGUGGUGGUGGCAGUGGUGUUGUGCAGAGCACACAAAUACUUGUUCUAAAAUCUGAACAAGCUAAGCUACAGAAAGAGAACUUGCAGUUGAAGAAACAAAAUGAUCUUCUACUGAGUGAUGAACAUGAACUGAAAGAGGAACUCAGGAAAUGGAAAGAAAGAGCACUAAAAUGGAGAGAAUGUUCCUCAAGAGAAGCUACUCAAGAGACAGUACCGAAGUCUCCUAAGAAGGCAGUGUCCUCCUUCUUUAAAGAGCAAAUGCCUUCACCCUCCAAAGAAACUGUUUCUCAGGAAAUAGUGACUCCGGACCUACCAAGGCCUCUGCCUCUGACUUGUCCAACAAAUUUCUUUGAUAAUUCCAUCUUGGGCGUGCUAACAGAUCCACGACCUGCAGGCACAGAAUCCACAGAAGAACAUCUUAAGCGCUUGUUUGGGACUUCAGACAAAGAUAAAGCCCCUGAUUGUAGCACCCAGUAAAGAUGCUCUCUCGUAACCUGCCCUUACAGUAGCUACAGCCAGGAACUGCAUAUACAAAAAAAAAUUGCUUUAGGUUAAAAAACAUCAGCCUCUUCCAUCUUCUUGGAGUUUCUACUUCCCUCAGCCGGGAAAGCUGGAAUACGAGGAUUAAAAUGGAAAACCAGACAUUGCCCCACAACCUGCCAAUCUGUUGAUGUUCUACUCUGGGGCUUUGAUGCGGAUUUUUUUGAUGACAAAGAGAAGCUAAUGUAUUGGAGAAAAAAAAAAAAAUGGGAGAAGGAAUGGAUCACAUACUAAUCUACUGUGAAACUUCUCAGUCUCAAACUACAUUCUGUCAUUCCUAAAACAGCCCUUUUCUGGAGUGUUGGUACUUUUAUCUUCAGAGUGCUGUUGACUUGGCAAGAAAUAUUCUUUUUGUUUCUUAGUAUGUGGUUUUUAUACCAUGCUUUCUUUAAGCCAACAGAAACUGCAUUUUUACCACAAUCUUGACCUCUUUGGAAACUGAUCACCAAACCAAAGUUAAUGAUCUUCUGUUUGGAGCACACAAUCAAGCGUUCCUCUUAAACCUCUUAAAGGUUUCUGCAGAUCACCCAAUUAUGGUACUGUGAGUAACUUUGAAUUUUGCAUAAUUUUCCAAUAUACCUGUCUGAAGUUGUGUAUGGGAUUUUUUUUGAUAGUAGGCAAUGGACUUAACACUCUUCUGCUUCUCUAGUGAAGGGAAAACAAAC